UUUCAUUAGGUCUCAGGUCACAAAUCUUCUCGAAUUCUUCUUAAUCUAACACAUUGCUUAUUUCUUUUCAUAAUUAACAUCACAUUAGUAUGUCACAAUUCGUUUUUUGUAUUUUUUCCCUCAAAGUUGCUGUAGUUUUGCAUGUUUUAGUCCCUCCCUUGGUCUGGCUUUCUGGUAAUGGAAUGGAUAUUGGUCGCGGAGGCUGCUUCGGGGACUUGGGGACACGGGGGUGAGAUGGCUUGCAAACAGCCGGUCCGAAACGCAGCUCCACCAACAAUGCAUGAGCGCGCCUCCCUCCCCCACCGUCUCAACAAUCGCCAUUUUGUCUUGUCAUCUUCGCCCAUCUGAGUGAUGUAAGAUGGAAGCUCAGGGUGGUUUUCCUCGACAAUCCUUUUAUUAUUAAUGAUUGAGACCGUUUUCGCAAGUCUCGGCUGGCUACUUCUGACCACGCCCACAACAGCGCCUUCUCCACGUUGCCCCUCCUCCUCUGCUCCGGGCAGCCCCCUCUUUGCGGAUGACCCAGAACGAAAUCCGCACCCCGAUCCCCGCCUUAAGGAACCGAAGACGUGGAGAGUCAGUCAGCAGAGGGAGCCCCAGUGCUUUGAUAUUUUGUCCGUCAAGUUUCUAAAUAAAGUUAACUGUCAGUCAUUGCGAGGGCGAGCAGGCGAACCUGCGGCGCACUUCGGGAAUGGUAGUCUCUUCGGCCAGCGCACGGGUCAGGGCCAUGGUCGAUGAUCUCGCGGGAACGAGAGGGAAUCUAAACAGGAAGAGAGGCAAACCGGCUUGUAGCACGCACUGCUUUAUGGGUACUGUAGUUAGAAAGGGGUGCGGUUCCUAGAGCGAGCCGAAGGAACGGAACUACACUUCCCGGCUCACCCGGCCCCGUUGGCGGAAAAGAGGGCCGGCGGAGAGUCCGGGAACAAAUCAGAUCGCAGGAAAGAAACUGCCGGCUUUCAAAAAUUCUCCCUCGCCGCCAUCAUCGAUCGGCGGCCCGGAGGCGCAGGUGCUGUUGGCGGAAACCGGGGCGAGACGCGUGUGAGUGUGCAUUUGUGAGUGGCACGCCUGGGAAGGAAGCUUGACAAGGCAGCAGUGACCAUGGCAUCCGAGGAUAUUGCCAAGCUCGCCGAAAGCCUGGCCAGAACCCAGGUGGGCGGAGGACAGCUCAGCUUCAAAGGCAAAAGCCUCAAACUCAACACAGCAGAAGAUGCUCAGGAGGUGAUUAAAGAAAUAGAGGCAUUUGAUGGCCUGGAGGCCCUGCGAUUUGAAGGCAACACAGUGGGCGUGGAGGCGGCCAGAGUCAUCGCCAAGGCCCUGGAGAAGAAAUCGGAGCUGAAGCGAUGCCACUGGAGCGACAUGUUCACUGGGAGGCUGAGGUCUGAGAUCCCUCCUGCCCUGAUCUCCCUGGGGGAUGCCCUCAUCACAGCUGGGGCACAGUUGGUGGAGCUGGACCUGAGCGACAAUGCCUUUGGGCCCGACGGCGUGCGGGGCUUCGAGGCCCUGCUCAAGAGCUCGGCUUGUUUCACGCUGCAGGAACUAAAGCUUAACAACUGUGGCCUGGGCAUUGGUGGUGGCAAGAUCUUGGCAUCAGCUCUGACUGAGUGCCACCGGAAAUCCAGUGCCCAGGGCAAGCCGCUGGCCCUGAAGGUGUUUGUGGCCGGCAGAAAUCGCCUGGAGAACGACGGCGCCAUGGCCUUAGCUGAAGCAUUUGGGAGCAUCGGGACCCUGGAGGAAAUCCACAUGCCUCAGAAUGGGAUCAACCACCCCGGAGUGACGGCGCUCGCCCAGGCCUUCGCUGGCAACUCCCUGCUGCGAGUCAUCAACCUGAACGACAACACUUUCACGGAGAAGGGGGCGGUGGCCAUGGCCGAGACCCUGAAGAUCCUGAGGCAGGUGGAGGUGAUCAAUUUUGGGGACUGCCUGGUGCGUUCCCGAGGGGCUCUGGCCAUCGCCGAAGCCGUGAAGGAGGGGCUGCACAGGCUGAAGGAGCUCAACUUGUCCUUCUGUGAAAUCAAACGGGACGCCGCCCUGGCGAUCGCAGAGGCCGUCGAGGACAAAUCAGACCUGGAAAAAUUGGAUCUUAAUGGGAACUGCUUGGGAGAGGAAGGCUGCGAGCAGGUUCAGGAGAUCCUGGAAGGCUUCAGCAUGGCCCACACACUGGCCUCGCUCAGUGACGACGAAGAGGAUGAUGAGGAAGAAGAGGAUGAGGAAGAGGAGGAAGAAGAGGAGGAGGAGGAGGAGGAAGAAGAAGAAGAGGAGGAGGAGGAGGAAGAAGAGGAAGAGGAGGAGGAGGAGCUUCAGCGAGGUCAAGGAGAAGAAGUGACCACCCCCUCUAAGAAGAUCCUGGAUACACACGUGGGGGAACCCGCUUCGGUCCUGUGUUCUCCGUCUGACGUCUCCACGUUCCUCGCUUUCCCGUCUCCAGAAAAGCUUUUGCGUCUCGGGCCCAAAAGCUCACUGUUGAUAGCCCAGCAGACGGACACAUCUGAUCCAGAGAAAGUGGUUCUGGCUUUCCUGAAGGUCUCCUCUGUGUUCAAGGACGACCUGGGAGUGAAGACGGCUGUUCAGGAGGCAGUGGAUGCCCUGAUGAAGAAAGCCUUAAGUUCGGCCUCCUUCAACUCCAAUGCGUUCAUCACAAGGCUCUUAAUCCACAUGGGGCUGCUCAAGAGUGAAGACAAGAUCAAGGCGAUCCCCAAUCUCUACGGCCCCCUGAUGGCUCUCAACCACAUGGCCCAGCAGGAUUACUUCCCCAAGACCCUGACGCCCGUGCUCCUGGCCUUUGUGACCAAGCCCAACCGGGCUCUGGAGUCCUGCUCCUUCGCCCGCCACAACCUCCUGCAAACCCUCCACCACGUCUAGCUGCUGAGAGGCCGGCCUCUGCUGUCGUCCCCCCUCGAACUUUAUGACCCGAGAGCCUCCGCCCAGGCCCCAGAGGACGAGUGUGUGUGUCCGCCAUCACUUCCACUGAAGAAACCUUUCCUUGCCUUCCACCCUGGGAAGCCGCGGGAGGCCGCUCUCGUCCAGCGUCUGUCCUCCCUGCGGGCCCCGCCCCCGGCCGUGCGGGGUUUUUAACGACGUCUCUGCUUUGGAUCAGUCUCGGGAGCCGGCCUCGGACACUUCCAUCCCGCCUGCUCAUGGCAACGGACGGUGGCCCCUCAUUAAACUCUGUUCCCUCCCUCUCGCUGCCCUGCCUGGAUCCCCCCUGGCCAUCGCCACGUGUUGCAGGGGGGCAGCACGGCAUCCCCGCUGGCUUGGGGAGCUCCUUGGCUGCUGCUGCUCAGGAUCUCUGGGAAGGGGAGCGGCCAGGGCCGAGGCACAGAGCUGGGGCGGGGGGGAGGGGCUGCUUGGGGAAAGCCGCUUAGUGCCCCCCCAGCGAGUCAGUGCUCACACACCUGCUCUCUCCGGGGGAAAGGGAGCUGGGGUCCCGUGUCCUCCUGGGGCCUGAGCUCAGCCUGCAAGUGAGGAGCCCCCCCCCUGCCUUGGCCAAGGGCCUCCUUGGGUAGGGGCUUCUCCCAUCUCUUCCCUCUCCCUGUGGAAGACUAGAGAAAGGGGCUCCCUGUGUUGGCGCCGGGCCUGGCUACUGUGAUUGUGGCCAAAAAGGGUGGUGGGAGGGGGGAGAGGGGGAGGCGGGGCCGUGGAUUCCGAGCUGGGCCUGGGUCCCCUUGGCUCCUAGCUCUUGCCUUACUGUGCUGGGGCCCACUGCUCUGCCCCUGGCCAGCCCGGGCUUCCUGAAGGGACCAAAAUGCUGAGGACUGAGCUCGGGGUACCCUAGGUGCCCCUUCUUCCCUUCACCAUAACUUGUGCUCAUCUUAGGCUGUGAAAGGGGGUCCUGGGAAUAAGGCGUUGGGGUCCCCAGGCGGUCUGUCUAUGGUGAUGGGCUGCUGCCCAGGCGGCACGGGGCCCAUCUGGCUCUCACCUGGACCUGCGGUCCCCUGAGCACUAGCAAAGGCUGCUGGGAAAGCUCAGAGCAGAUCAUCCUCCGGCUUCCCCAGCCUUGGCCCAGCUUUAGCUAGUGUCUAUAGAAACGUGGGUGUGCUAGAGGGAUGGCUAUCCAACAGGAAAGGGCCCCACGGCAGGAGGGCGCCACCUGGGACGGGACGGCCGGAGUGGGCAAGGUUAGGGAAUGCCGGGCCCGGGCCGGAGAGCUUACGGCUGCCCAGCUGUGGGGGCUCGGACACAGCCUCACCCCCAGGGCGCCCUGGACCCCGCAGGCCCACCCUCAUCUGUGUUGGUACUUGUGCUGAUGUGUAACGUCUUGCUUGGGCCGGGGCUUGGGGUAGCCUGAGAAUAAAGCGUGUGUUGCA